CCAACAUGGUGGCAAUGUGCUACACAGUUUGAAAAUGCAGUCCGUGUCAUGCCGUGAAAAAAAUCAUUUUAUGCUUGAAUUUGGUGGAAAAUGUCGGACCCUAAACGUGCUACUCUUAUAACAGUGGGUGCUCCAAUAAGUGCAAAGAAUAAUGUGAAAAAAACAGUGAGAUUAACUAUAAAUUUGGAUGAAAGCAACGAAAAUAAAUAUCCGGAGCUAAAUUACAAGGAACUAGUCAUUGCAGAAGAGAGGAAGAAGAGGAUAGAAAAUGGAAAGACCACUGGGCUGGACCCGUUCGCAGAACAUGACAAUGAUAUUAUCCAGUGUGCGAGGAUAUUUGAACAGAAAUAUGGAGGCAAAAGCACGUACGGCAAGAAGGGCCGGUCGAAGAUCGACGAGUUCGCGGACAUCGGCGCGGGAUACGACGAGACUGAUUCAUUUAUUGACAACACGGAAGGGUAUGACGAGAUGAUUCCCCCCGACAUAGACACGUUCCACGGCGGUUUCUACAUCAACUGCGGCUCGCUGGAGUUCAAGGACGUGCCCAACGCGGACCUCGGAACGUCGGACGGCGAGCCUGGCGGGAACAGGCGGAAUAAGAGGCGUAUAUCAUCAAGCAGCAGCGAGGAGGAGUCGUCAGAGAGCUCAUCGGAGUCUGAAAGUCAAGACGAGAAGGAUCCAAAGGCGAUCGCUAAUGGCGCCGUCGAUUCGCACAACACUGAACACAGGAAAAAGAAGAAUAAAAAGAUUGAAAAGAAAAAAGCAAAGAAAGUGCGGAGAACUGACUCGUCAGCGGCCACUUCGGGCAAACAAACCUCUGACGAUAACGCUCAAGGUGACGGCGAGAGUGCGGACUCGCGUACGUCCCAGUCGGACUCUCUGACGUCCAAGCCGGCGCCGAGCUCUGAGAACGCCAUCACGUCAGACAGCUCCAGAGACGUAGAGCCUAAAGCGGAGGUGGAAUUGCCCGUCCAUGUUGUGCAAGCCGUGCAAGAGUUGGAGGAAGCCGUUGGGAAAAUGCUGCGUGAUAACCCCAAUAUCAACCACAAGGAUUUGUUAAAUAAUGCCGAUCAUUAUAUUGAUAGGCUGGAGAGCGCGGCGGCGGGCGCGUGCUCGGAGCGCGUGUCGCGCGCCGUCCGCGCCCGCGCCGCGCGCGCGCUGCGCCUGCCGCGACACGCGCUGCUGCACCACCUGCGCACCACCACCACCACCACCACCACCACCACCACCACCACAUCAAACACUGCCCUGACAACUGCUCAACCGACCACCACCACUGCCAGUACCACUGCCACCACCACCACCGCCAGCACAGCGGGACACAAACGGAAACUCGACGAUGAUCACGAGGAAGACUACAGCAAACUGACUGAGGAACAACGAGAGGCCAAGAUUGUAGAAACUUUACAGAGGUUAAAAGCACUGAUAGAGGAAUGUAAGCCGGCGAUGAUUGCCAAAUACAACGCCGAGUGCGAGAGAGUGCACGAAGAGAGGAAAAAGCUGCAGCUGGCGGCGGCUCGCGCGGGCGCGGGCGGCGGCGCGGGCGCGGCGGGCGUGGAGCGGCGCAUGCCCAAGCGGCGCUUCCCGUGGUGCGGCCGCGCGCGCGCGCUGCUCACGCAGCUGGUGCGCCUGGCGCGCCCCGCCGCCGCCGACAGCGCCGCCAGCGCCGCCUCCGCGCGCCGGCUGCUGGAGGCGCGCGUGCUGCCGCUGUUCCCCGCCGGCUUCGUGCGCAUGCCCACGCUGCUCAGGCAGGCCGACCUCACCAAGGAAAUCAAAGUAUCAGAGAUCAAGCGUCAACGGGCGCCGUCGACGUCGCAAACCGUCGCGCCAGUACCCUACUCCGAGCCCAUACAGUUCCCGAGCUCCCUCACAGUCACCACUACAGUAAUGACCUCACCAAGCAAAGCAGAAACACCAGACGACGUCAAAUACAAACAGGACAUAUUCGCAUCAGUAAUGAACACGUUCAAGCUGAACAAGGACUUGAUAGUAGAGAAACCAGAGAAAAACGACAAAGACAUGUACAUUCCCCCCAACAUAGGCAGUAUAACGAUAACGCCCGUGCUCAACCAAACUAAAGACAAGAAGAAUGAAAAGGGACUGAUACGCGUGAAGUCGCCAGCGGCGCUCAACGAGAUGGUGAAGAAAGAUAAACAAAAGAAGGUAGACAAGAACCAUGUUAAAGAGAAAAAUUUAGAAUCGCCAUUACAUGUUGACACCAGUUACCAGAAAGAAGCACCGAAACCUGAAGAGAUACCGCAAAAACAGAUCGACAAUAUGCGUGUUGCGGAGAAUAAUAUACCACGACCAGCCUUAAUACCGGUUCAUCACUCACCGACGUUCGCGAAACCGGACAAAAGACCUCCAGAGGUCAAAAAGAAAAAGGAUAUAGUGAUUGUGUCUGAUGUGGACCCUUUGAGUGACGCCGCUCCAGAACCCUUGGCGAUAGACGAUAGUAGCAGUGACGUAGAAGUUGUUGAGGACAAAAGUGACACCAAAACGGACAAGUGUAAAAGUGAAGUGCCUUUGAAGGACAAGAACAAAGUGUCGAGUGUUAAAAAUGACGCGAGGGAUCAGUGCGAGAAGGCGAUCGAUGAGUUUGACUCGAUCAUACGCGGGUUGAAGCAGAUGGAGCAUUCACAAGAGCCAACAAAGUUCAACAGUAAUUCCUUUGGAAGUGUCAUAAGUAAUGCCAAGCACGAGACGUCUUCCGCGCAAGCGUACUCGCGCGCUCUGUUCGACGCGAGGCCGAAAAAAGACAAGUUAACCAGCUUCUUAGAGGUGUUGGGAUGGAGGUAGUGUCGAUUCUGAUACAUCUGCAAUGAAGAUGAUAAAAUCAUAGAAAGGUUGUUAAAAAUAACACAGAAGAGUCUAUUUAUAAACCAAGACCUUGGAAACGCUAAUCUUUGUCGACUACAAGUGGCUUUAUCGAUGUCGAUAAAUGAACUCGGCGUUUUAUAAAACGAGGUUUGUUCGAUAAAUCACAAAUAGUUCCUUAGAAUGUAAAAAUAUUAUUCACAACGAUCUAUCGACAUCGAUAGAGUUGUCUGACGCUAGCACGUGAUUUUUGUCGACUAUCGAUGGAAGACUAUGAGUAGAUAGCUUAUGUAAUAGUCAUAAGAGUUUUGUUGAUCGAAUCUGUCUACGAAUGUCGAUGAAUGUGACGAUAUUGUUCGUAUCGAAGGACAGCAUGUCGAUAUUCUAUUACUAAAAAUAUCGAUAUAAAACUUCCAUGUAUAGGGUACAGAGCAUAACUAUGAGCAACUUUUAUAUCGAGCGGCAUAAAAGUCAUUUCUAAAAACUAGGCCAUUUUUUCUAUUUAUUAUGCUGCUGGUCAUAUUCGGUAAACAAUUUUCAGUGAACCAAUUUGAAUUGAAGUAUUCUCUAAACAAAAUAUUCUGUUUCUAUUACUUCUUAAUACCAAAUACUUCCAAAAUAUUUUUUAUGGCCGAGAACUUUUUUUUAUUAAUAUUACAUUUGGGUCACUAUGACUUGCGGCCUUAUAUAACACUAGAAAGUAGUUUCGCGAUGUUUUUCUUUGUUGUAUGUAUUAAUUACAGCUUCCUUACAUUUGUAUAUACACAGACAAUAGCAAAUUAACAGUUUUAUAUUGUUUCAUACGUGGAAUUUAUAAUAUUGCGUAAUGUAUUUUCUAAAUUUUAAUAUCACAAACUUGUAGGAUCCGUGUAAUGGCAGGGCAAUGCUUUGUGAAAAAAAAAAUCAACUUGAAAAUAGCAAAAACGACACGAGAGUCCGCGUCGUUUCACUGUGAUUGGUCUAGAGACUAACACGUCACACUUAACCAAUUACAAUCGUCACAGUUAAACGAAACGGACCUUCGUCGUAUUUUUGCCAUGUUCUAAAAGGGCUGUUUAUUUUUAUAUGAGAGUAAAUACACACGUCAGACUCGAGGUCAUGUCCUAACAAUUGUCCAUAUAAAAAAAUAUUCUCUAAAAGCUUAUACUAAAAGUGGAGGCUACACCAAGAUAUUUGAACUCAAAUAACCUGAGUUGUUCGUCUCUUUCUAAACACGACAGCUCCAUAUUAUUUAGAGACAGAUCAUCUCUAGAAAGAUACCAAGUACCUUGAUAUUCAAAACCAUGGAUUUGCAAUCAGCAAGCAUAAUUUGAAAACUCUGUAUUUAUCCCUAUUGGAUCGAUUACAUAACAAAUAAAUGCCAAAUACCUAUCUUCUAUUCGCACUGGUUUAAAUAACUCUUUCACACAAGUUUUGACUUUACUUUCAGAAUUUGUAUUUGUCUGUACGGAACACUGUUUUUCAUUGGAUUUGUUAGAAAAUACCAUAUCUAUAAUUUUUAAAUAUGGCCUCCAUUCUGUGAUAGCCCACGGCCCUGCCACUUCCCGGACAAUGCUCGGUGCGUGCAAAUUAUAAAGGUUGCUACAACCAUAGUCUCUGGAUCCCGUGCUAGAUACUGCAACGUUUCUAAUAGCGAGUGUUCAUUCAUACGACAACGUAUUACAAAAUAUUAGUUACACAUCACAAAUUUAACAAUAAGGAUAGAUCGCUGACUCAUUAUUGUAAAGGUACAUUGCUAUAUGAUAUUGCAAAUUGAAUUAUAUAUAUACAUGAUACUAUGUCUUUUUCAGUGAAUAUUUUCAAUAGUAAAAGAUAAAUAAAGGGGGUACCAAGAAUUAUGCUUUUCUAAUUUUAGGUUCAGCGCAGACGGACUGAUCUGAUAACAAAUGAAGCUUCAUCUUGUAUUUUCAUGUGAUUUAUUUAUAAAUUCAAACAGCUAUGUACGGAUUUGUUUAAGUAAAAUCUGCAGUAUCCAAAGACUAUUUAAUAGAUCAACUCAAUUUCGAUCUGAAGUGCGAUAUCUCAUAAGAUACUGUCAAAUUAAAGACAGCAUCUUAAGAUAGACGCUAUAUAAUAAACCAAUAUUAACAUCAGCUCAACGAUAUCUUGUCACAAUAUGUGACGGAUUUUGACAACUGAGUAGUUUAUUUUUACAGCCCCAUCUCGGCUGAGAACAGACUUUUAAAUACUAGCUUGGUUUAUUAAAUAGUUCAAUACAUUAUCAGUCUUAGUUAUAAAAAAAUCGCAAAACUAUGCUUAGUUAAAACACAAAUUGUCUCGAUCAGCUGUAAGUCAAAACCCGCCAUCUUGCCUCUUAAUUAGUUUAAGGCGAUACCUCAAGGUCCAUUUUCAUACAUUUUGUUUCGGCUUUAAUCUGGGUAACUAAACAAGUAUUGGCAAGUAAAGAAUUUAAAUUCACGUCUAGUUAGUGAUUAGUUCUCAAAUAAUUAAUAAUCAUGGAUAUUUCGGCCUUUAAAAUUUAAUAUGACGAAAUUUUUAAGGCAGAAAUAUCCAUGAUUAUUAAUUAUUUUUACAUUUUUCUUUCAACUGCGAGAACUAAUUUUUACAUUUUUCUUUCAACUGCGAGAGCCUUAAAUUAGAAACCGUUGGUGUUUUUGACAGCUAUUUAAUCAACUCUUAACCACCUCUUAACGCGAAAACAAAUUUAUAAGUAAGACUGUAAAUGUCUACUUGAGAUUUUACUCAAAGUUGAGAUUUAUUAAUAGGGUCCUAAGAUUGAUUUUGUUUUGUUAUCGAUUGUUCCUUAACACUUGUCAGCGCUGAUCGUGUUUGAAUGAACGCUCGCUUCUAUUACUAAGUUUGUUAGAGAACAAGCGUAUUUUGUAUAAACGGUAUAUUUUUGUUUGGCUCGAUGGAAGUAUAGAUGUUAUUGCUCCACAUUGACCGCGUAUAGCCGCCUAUAUAUAGAAUAGGAGCAGUGGAAUAUCAAACUAUAGAAAUUAAUGCCGCCAUAAUUAUCGGUUGCAAUUUUUCUUCUGUCGAUUUUGAAUUCGAUGCAAUUGCGAAGUGCAGUAUGUUGUGCCGCGUUAAUGGUAUGGACAGUAUCAUUUCCAAGGAAUACUUGAAUUUUCUAGAGUAUCAAAAUGUUUAUUUUUUGAAACGUCAUAUAAAUGACUAGCCUAUCGAAUAAAAAAUGUCUUCUCGUUUUUGCAAUUAGUAAAGUAUUUUUUUUUUAUUUGCAUGAUUAUAACACAGUUACAUAACUAUAAAAGGCCUACAAGAUUUUAUAAUUUAAAUUAUUUAAUAGUUUUUAAAUUCUAAAUCUAUUAGUGGCGACUUGCACUGCACCUUUUUUUUACAAAAAUUUAAAUUUGUUUUAUAUUUAUAUGUAUUGGAUUCAUGCAUUAAUAUAUUUCUUUCUUGUCUAUGUUUAUUUAAAAUAUUUUUUUGUGUGCGUGUGAUCUUAAAAAUAAUCUAAAUUCUUUCCAACCAUAACCUAAGACAAUAUAUAAAUCAUAAAUUUAUUGUUUCAAAUCAUAUAUAAAUGUGGAGCAGUAAUUUAUUUUUACAUACUAUAAAUAAUCGUAUCUCCAAAGGGCUUGUGUACAGAGUGAAUGUAGGAGCAAUUUUCGGAAACAAAAAAUGAUUAUUUUGAACGAACAAUCGAUGAUUUUGUUUUGUGAUCAAUUUGAGAAUAUUGUUUGUAAAUCCGAAAUUCCAAAUUAAGCCCAAUGUAAUAAUUAUGAAUAAAUAUUUAUAUGAAUAGUA